GAAUUGUACAAUUCUAGCUACUCCCGACGAUUCUACUAACUGAUAUAGACCACUAGUAGUCUAUAUCAGUGAUUCUACUACUAGAGAAUACGUUUACAGCACGGAAAUACAUUAUUUUUAUUUCCGUGGUUUACAAAGUAAAAAUAACAUUUAUCACACUGCUCACUGCUACCGCAGUACCACAUUCGUGGGUAGACCAUUUACGACCAUGGCGUUAAAAAGUUCAUAAUCCGCUGGACGUAUACAUACAUAUACAUAUCAGUGCAACGAUAACGAAGGAAUUUAAAAUAAAGCAAAAAAAGUAGAGAGAAAACCUGGUCGAAUUAGUGCAUGGAGGUCUAUGAAUUAGUGUCAAUGAUGUUCGAGGUUACAGGUCAGCUUUUGUGAUGUUAGGAAUAUGUCAAGAAUAACGCUGAGGGGACAUUGUUAGAAAAAUGUCAUCCACAGGCGAACGGAGCAAUGCUUCGUCACAUCAGCUGACUCUCGACUUGAUGAAAAAUUUAAACUCCACUUCAAAUUUCGACAUUUGCAUAUCGCUGACUAUAUUGAAGCAAGAUACACAAUGCCACAAACAGUUUGUAAAAGAUGGGGGGAUUUCUGUUCUUGUCGGACUUCUCGGGUCUGAUAAUUACAAAAUUUUGGACCUGUUACUGAGCAUACUAGCAAACAUGUGCCUGGAGAGUUACGUUCGGCAAGAGUUAUAUCAAGCUCGUGGAUUGGAUUUAGCCACCAAGGUAACAGGCAUUUUGAAAACCAUCAAAUCACCUAGCAUCCAAUGCCGUGCCUGUAGACUUGUAGGAAACCUAGCUGAGUGCAAGUGGCAUGCAAGAGCCCUAUAUCAGUCGGGGAUAAUUAAGGUCAUAACCAACCUAUUCAAAUCUUGUAAAAUACCUGUGAGUGUUCAGCUUACAGCAAUUAGGGCUAUAAGGAACAUUUGGUCAGUGCUUGAAAGCAGUCGUGAUGAAAUUCUAGAGAAUGGGACAUUCCGUGAGGUUACAACAAUAUUUGUGCUAGCUGGUGAAGGAAAACAAGAAAAAUGCAGAGAGGUAUUGAUCGAUGUCUGUCUCAAAGCAAUGUGUGCCUUUCUUCAGACAUCAGAUCCGCGGUGUAGCGAACAAUUACGAGGUAAAACAGACAUGGAAGGAUUUAAGAGUAUUGUUCAGCAAUGCAAAGCAAAAAAUCGAAUGGCUAUAAAAUGUCUGUACAUACUCUCUCAAAUUGCUGAAUGUCGACCGGUAUUGGGAACCUUGGGAGCUAUCGAAUUCAUCGUGUCGGCGAUAGCUGCAGAUACUCCAUUCUUAUGGGAGCUGUUGGCAAGCUUAUGCCUAUUUUGCCGAGAAGCUGUUAAUCGUGUUCGUAUUCGAACAGCUAUCGGUCUAGAAGUUAUGUUGGGCAUAUUAAAGCAAGAAGGACAGAGGCGUUAUCAUCCUAUGCUGCUUCACGCCCUUGCCCAAUUCAUAUACGAUGAUCAGAGUAUCCUGAUAAUGAUUAAGUACGGCUUGUUGGAUGUGCUGAUUACAAAUUUACGCGAAAUGAUAUUGGAAGAUCCAAACGAUUGUAUAGAACGGUGUCAUCCAAAAAAACGGGGCGCCCGCAGUCCUCUUAACAAAAGAAUUGAAGUCAAGUUCCAUAGAAGUGAUUUCGGAAGGUUCAGUCUAGACUACAAACGAGAUGACUGGAGUCCGGGAAGUGCCACGAGCAUGUGUUCAUCACCACCUAGCACUCCGCCUCUCUCAUCCUUUUUUGAGGACUAUAUCGACGAGAUGGACGGCAGCGCUGAAGAAAAUUACAGUCCCGUGUGCAGUGACACUGAGUGUGGUGAAAAUGAUGAAGACCUGGAAGACGAAGCUGCUUCUAUAAAAAGUUGCUCCUCUUUUGUAAUGGAAUUCCCUGUGGAAGGGCAUGAUUUUGGAAACACGUGUAAAACGACGAUAAGCAAACAAGCAAGGCAUAUGUGGACCUUGACGCUAUUAAGCCGUUUGAGUCAUUCCAACGAGCCGGUGGACAAGCUUGCAGACCCCGCUACCAUUCAGCCCCUGAUCGCUUAUAUCCGGGUGACGAAAAAUGGUCGAGCAUCGAGAAUACUAGCUCGUAUUAUCAGGAACAGAUCGUAUCUGGUGACAUUGAUGAAACAGGGCUUUGUCUUUGAACUGCAAACUAUGCGGGGUUCCGAGCAGUACAUCAGGCAGUUAAGCGCUCUUGCAGAGACAGGAUGCGCCUUGGGAGAACUUGCUUCAAUUUUACUCCGUGGGCAAGAAGCCGAUAAAAUUGUCAUAGCGGUGUCGAUUCCAUUCUUAAUACAGUCAAAAGACGCGCUCCGAACUCUGUUGAAAACGCACCGGGGCUUAUCCUUUCUGUUUCGCGUGUUGACCGACAGAACGCACGAUCUGCACAUUAACGCAGUAUACGCCGUUUGUCGCUUAGCCAACGCCCUUGAAAUUGAUCCACAAGAAGUUGAUAGAAAUCCUACCCAAUCCACAACUAGGAUUAACAUCUCAAAGACUUUGGAUUACCACCUAAAGCCCACCACCGUUACGUUUGAGUUGGAUGAUGGAACUACCGUUGACGCGCACAGAACUAUACUUUGCCAGAGGUCCGAGUUCUUUUCGGCAAUGCUCGAAGGAAACUUCUAUGAAUCCGGGAGACGUCGGGUAAAAUUAAAAAACACCUCAAAGCAAGGUCUUGAUACCUUGUUGCUCGCCGUCAAUGGUUGCCCAUACAGCGAACGUCCGAUCGAAUCGCUCUUGGACGCCGUUAUUCUUGCCGAUAAAUUUCUGAUGUCGGACGUACUCGACUCGUUGAUAGAAAUAUCUCUUUCAAACAUCAACUUAAACAAUGUUAGUCGCACGUGGCAUUGGGCCCAUAAAAAUGCAUGCUACGAACUCAGAACUGGUUGUGUCAAGAUAUUUCUGACCGCCAAGUCUACCAAGCCUGCAAGGUUACAAGCCUUUAAUGAUUUUGGCGAAAGCGAGCGCUUCUCGGAAUUUAUCGGUGAUCUAGAAAAAGUAUUGAGAGCAGGCUUGUUGGGCCGCUAAGCACCCGCGAUUCGAAACUAUUCGUAACUUGCCAUCCAAGAAUCUUUAUUGCUUUAGUAGAUAAACAUAUACCUUGGUGUAGGACUUUUGGUAAGACCCAUACCUGCAUUAUUAUGACGGAAUGUUAAUAGAAUAAAGGGGGAGAAUAGGUUGCGGCCUGUACAAAAUUUUUACAAGAAAAAAAAUUGUGUCCUCGGAAAUAAAAUCAAUAUCUGAUCAAACUCAA